GCGGAGCCACCAGCGGCGGCGAAGAAGCUUUGCUCGCGCUCCUCUCCCGCCGGACCAGGGACCAGCCCGGCCGUCCCCCCGCCGCCCCCGUCAUGGCCAACUUCACCGGCAGCUGGAAGAUGCGCAGCUCGGAGAACUUCGAGGAGCUGCUGAAGGCGCUGGGGGUCAACGUGAUGCUCCGGAAGAUCGCAGUGGCCGCGGCCUCCAAACCAGCGGUGGAGAUCAAGCAGCAGGGACCCUCCUUCUACAUCAAGACCUCCACCACUGUGCGCACCACGGAGAUCCGCUUUGAGGUUGGGGAGGAGUUUGAGGAGCAGACGGUGGAUGGGAGGCCUUGCAAGAGUUUGGCCAAGUGGGAAAACGACAACAAGAUCGUGUGUGAGCAGAAGCUGCUGAAAGGAGAAGGGCCCCAAACUGGCUGGUCCCGGGAACUGACCAACGACGGGGAGCUCAUCCUGACCAUGAAGGCCGACCACGUCGUGUGCACGAGGAUCUACGUCCGCGAGUGAGGGGCCUCCACCCGGCGCCAGGCACAAGUGGGGGAGCUGCACCCCUGCCCUGCAGCACAAUGCCAACCUCCCCCACCGCCUGGUGCGCAGAGGCUCUGUCGGCCACGGGACUAAACAGAGCGGCCCUUCCACCCUGGCUGAAGGGAGGGGGGCUGAAGCAACCAGAGACCCUCUCCCUGACCCCCUCCCCCCUUUGGGGGAGGCAUACAGAAGCCUGCCUCGUUUGGGGGAUUAAUGGCAGAAUCUGGGGUCAGGCUUGGGGGGUCAGGACGGGUCCCCUAUGGAGGCUCUGCCCUCCUCUCCCAUUUGGAGCGGGGGGCUUCCCUGCUGCCCCUUCCUUUGUUCCUGGCCGGCGUGGGCUGCUUUCCUGCAGGGACCCACCGAAGGGCUGCUCCUCCCGCCCCUCACCUCCUUUCCUUUCCUUCUAGCCCAAAGCCUGUGACCUUCCCCAGCCUCCAUUAAAAUCUUU